AUGGCUGAUGUGGCCCCCUGGGGACAUGGGGGUGACGGCGCUGGUGAUCCACCGCUUCCUCCUGGUGGAUUUCGUGGCACACACGAGACAGACGUUGCAGCGGUUCCCCCGAAGAGGGUUAGGGGGAAAGCAAAAAAUGAGAAACUAAGGCGUCUGGUAAAAGCGGGGGGGCCUGUAUCGCUUACGUUUGACAGGCAGGUGACGUAUACCCCUGUUGGUAAAACAAGAGAUAUGUUUUCACAGGAGGCCGGCCUGUAUAUGUGGCGGUCCAUCCCGUUCGAUAAAAUUGGAUGGGAUAACGUUGAACAACAUUACAAGGAUGCCUUCAUGAACCACUUACGGGAAAAUUUCAAUUUUGAUGAAGUGGAACGUGAUAUAGAGGCCAAAAACUUGACAGGUGGCAUUAGGGCUGUGCUUAUGAAGCGGUACUCUGACCGCAAGUACGAGGCUAAAAAAUUAUUUAAGAGCAAGGGAGGUUUCCGGGAAGCUAAAUAUAUUAAAAGAAGCGAGGCCAACACACUAGUACGCGAGAAACAACAAUUCCCAUACCGUGGUGGGACAUCGUCGUACGGUAGCACCGCCUAUAAAAAUGAUAUGGAUUGGGUACCUACGUAUGCUAAAACCCACACGGACAAUCAAGGGAAUUGGGUUGAUCCGGUUGCUGAACAAAAUUACCGGAACAUACAACAGGCCACAAGUCAAUGGAGCGGUGAGGGUCCGCCAAUUGCCCCGUAUCAGGAAGCGUUGGGUGAGCGGCGAGGAUGGUACCGCGGGAUGGGGCCUAAACCUUCUUCCAACACGUCCUCGCACUCGUCAUCUAACAUGUCGUCAUGGCAAGCUCGGACGCAAGAACCCUUUUCCGAGGAUUUUGUUAACAGCUUGUUCCAAACCCCGUCAUUUUUGAACCAACUUAACAACUAUCUUGCUUCACAAGGAAAAGGAAAAGGAAAGUCAAAAGACUACGAUUCUGAUAACUUAUUCGAUAAUGAAUCCGACGAUGAACCCAACGAUAACGAUGACGAUGAGUGACUUGUUUUUAAUGUAUGCUUUGGAUUUAAUUAAACGUUGUAGGAUAUAAUGUACGACUUAAACGUAGUUUUUAAUUAUAUUACCUUUAGUAUAUGUUGAUUAUGUUCA